AUGUCUGAGUUGCGUCGUUUUUGUCCUUCUUUGGGUGCGGUGAAGAUACUGGGGGAGAAGGAGAAAAGAAAGAAACUGCUGCAGCACCUCUUAGGUGCAUGCAAGCUGAUUAAGGAGACGCAGCAGCAGCACCAUAGCCGGAAGCAGCAGCAGCAGCACAGACAAGCAGCAGCAGCAGCAGGUAGAAACAGGACACAGAGCCCGGUGCUGGAGAGAAACAACGGCAGCAAGCAGCAGCAGAAGGAUGACGAUGAUGCUGCGGAGGAAGAAGAAGACGAAGAAGCAUCCCAGCAACAGCAGCAGCAACAGCAGCAGCAGCAGCAGCAGCAGCAGCAGCAGCAGGAGGGGGAAGAGGAAGAACCCAUCCCCGAUACAGUGAACGUGGUUGUGGCUUCAUACGAAAUGCUGAUGGCGGAGAAAAACAUCCUCGGCCAAAUCCUCUGGCAAUACAUCAUCAUAGACGAAGCACACAGAAUAAAAAACGAAGCAGGCAAGAAACAUACUGCUGCUGCUGCUGCUGCUGCUGCUGCUGCUGGUGAUGCUACUGCUGCUGCUGCUACUCCUGAUCCUAUUGCUGUUGCUGCAGGAGUUUCUGUUGCUGCUGCUGCGGCUGCUGGGAAGCUGGCCACUACCGUUCGUCAAUUUUCAUCUAACCACCGGCUGCUGCUGACGGGGACGCCGCUGCAGGUAGCUCUUCACAGGGGGAGUAGCAGCAGCAGCAGCAGCAGCAGCAACAGCAGCAGCAGCAGCACAAGCAGCAGCAGCAGCACAAGCAGCAGCAGCAGCACAAGCAGCAGCAGCAGCACAAGCAGCAGCAGCAGCAGCAGUAGUAGUAGCAGGAGCAGUAUAGGCCUAUAUAUUUGA